CUAAUGGAUUCUCCCCUCCGUAGAGAGACUCAGUCCACCCAACAUCACUGCCAAGUGCAACAAGACGUCCUCGCUCAUGGAGUGGAGGAUGUUCAGCCACUUCAAUAAGAACUUCAAGUAUCAACUCCAAGUAAACAAGAGCUCAGGAGGCAGCUUCAAUGAGACGAUUCCCACGAACCACUUCCUGCUGCCCAAUCCCGGCAACUACAAGGUGAAGAUCAGGGUCAAGGACAACAGGAACUUCUACAGCAGCUGGAGCCCGUGGGGCGCCCCCCAGAGCUUCCAGUGUGACCCUGAUGAGGACCGGCCCUCGCGCAUCUUGCAGACGUCUCUGCUGGCCACGGCGGGGACGCUGGCCAUCGCGCUGCUGGGGCUGUUCCUCUGCAAACGGUUCUCCCUGAUGCAGAGGCUGUUUCCUCCUGUCCCCCGCGUGAAAGCGACCGUCUGUGACCACGUGCCCAAUGGCGAGAUGCUGGCCCUGGAGGCCGCGGGAGACGACUGUCCAGUGGCCCAGGUGCAGGACUUGGAGGAGCCCUGAUGGCCCAGCGCAGGAGCUGGCGGGCUGUCACAUUGCAGGGCGGCCACAGGCCAGCCCGCAGGACCAGUGGACAGUGCCAAGGGAGGGACAGGAGAUGGACAUGCGGAGCCCACCCUGCCUGAGAAUAAAACCCGAGCAUCGGGUCCACCUCCA